AUGGACCAGUCCAGAACUCUAAAGCACCUGGAAAAGAAACUGAAGGACAUCAGCACGGACCCCCCUCCCCUGUGCUCGGCAGGGCCGGUGGGUGAGGACAUGUUCUCAUGGAAGGGGGCCAUCACGGGCCCAGAGGACAGUCCGUACGAGGGAGGGGUCUUCUCCCUAAACAUACACUUCCCACGGGAUUACCCGUUCAGAUAUCCUUCGAUUUACUUCACCACCCGGAUCUACCACCCCAACAUCAGCAGACAAGGGUCUAUCUCUCUAGAUAUUCUCGGGUCCGAAUGGUCCCCUGCAGUCUCCAUAUCCAAAGUCCUGAUAUCUAUAAGCUCAAUGUUAUGUAACCCCAACCCCGCUGACCCCUUAGUCCCAUCCAUUGCGAGAAUGUACUUAAAGGAUAGGGACACCUAUAAUACGAUGGCCCGAGCCUGGACCAGGAAAUAUGCCAUGUGA